AUGAAAGAGGACGUGGCAGAUGGCGAUGAGGCCAAGGGAGUAAAGAGGAAAACUGAGACGAGUCCGGAAAAUCCCGGCGUCAAGGUCAAACGAGAGGCCGUUGAAGUUCCAGUAAAGGUUGAAGAUGCCGUUGGCACUGAAUUGAGUCUUGAAAAUACCCUAAAGAAGGAAAGCGACGUGGUUAAAAAUGAAGGAAUCAAAAAGGAGGAAAAUGACAAAGAUAUCGCAUCCCUAGAGAUAAAGACGCAGGAAUCACCCCAAAGUUCCGGAAUUGAGAGUCGCUUCAAGCCCCUAGGCAAGCACCUCGGAGAAGGAACCUAUGGACAGGUCGUCAAGGCUCUAGACACACUCACCGGCAGGUACGUUUAA